AUGGGUGGUCGUUUCCAUCGAGCAAUCGACGAUCAGCAUCGCCGAUAUGGUCCUGUUUUUCGGGUCUCGCCAAAUGAGUUGUCAUUUGCUAGUGUCGGAUCAUGGAAAGGAAUUUAUGGUCACCGUCAUAGUGGACAACCCCCUCUGAUCAAGAGCAAAUUCUAUGAGAUUUAUGGUGCCGGAUUUGACUCUCUAUGCAUCGGAAGCGAGCGAAACCCGGAUAAGCACACGCGCAUGAAAAAGUCUCUAUCACCUGCUUUCUCUUUGCGCUCUUUAGAGGAACAAACGAUUAUUGUUAGUCAAUGCGUUGAUCGUUUUAUAGCCCGAAUCGGAGAGCCUGGUCUGAAUAUUAUGGGCUUAAAUAUGACUAAAUGGUACGAGAUGGUGGCAUUCGAUAUUCUUGGAGAGCUUGCUUUUGGUGAAUCAUUCCAUUCCAUUGAAGACGGAAAGCCACACUUUUGGUCAUCACUGGUUGAGAACCAUUUAUACUUUAUCACUGUCGCAGACAACUUCCGCCAUUUUCCUGUGGUUGCUUUAGUGGCCAAGCUUCUUUCCCCUAUUCUGGACGGCAUCAGAAAAAAGCAUACCGGAUACACAAGAGAUAAAGUGGCCCGACGCAUUGAUUCGUCCUCUAACCGCAAGGAUUUCAUGACUAAUCUUAUUGGUAAGGUCGAGUCAAAUGAGAUGGAUCGGGAAGAGCUCACUGCCCACGCUUCUACCUUUGUAAUCGCUGGCGGUGAAACAGUAGCGACCUUUCUUGCCGCAGCAACCUUUUAUCUCCUGAGAGACCCCGUCUCUUACGAAAAAUUGAAAGAUGAAAUCCGGAGAAAGUUCAAGACCUACAAGGAGAUUGAUCAUGUUUCUGCGCAAGCUCUACCCUACUUGCAAGCCGUCAUCAGCGAGGGACUACGUAUCUAUCCGCCCGGCUCCCAAGGAUUUCCUCGAGUUUCUCCCGGGGUUUCUAUCGAUGGGGUGUGGGUUCCUGCGGGCACGGAAGUUUAUACAAGUGCAUGGACAGUGACACACGAUGAGGCUAACUUCCAUGACCCCCACACUUUUAAACCAGAGCGGUGGAUUGACCCAGAAUGUACUGAUAUUAAGGAGGCCAGCCAGCCAUUUUCUCUGGGCACUCGAGCCUGUCUUGGACGAAACGUCGCUUAUAUGGAGGUCAAUCUCAUUCUUGCUCGAAUAAUAUGGACGUAUGAUAUGACAUUGAUCAACAAGUCAAUGGACUGGGAAGCAGAGAGCUCUUUGCAUGUUAUGUGGUCGAAGCCUGAGCUUAUGAGCGGGACGAAUGUCAAGGCUCUAGCGUCAUGUUAUAAGGUCCCCAAGGUUAUUGACCCAUUCUAUUGA